AUGAACGUCUUCAAGCGCGCGGGCGCGGUCGUCACGACCCCGAGCAGCGGGACCUACGUCAUAGAGGAAAUUGGCAACCUCGGCGGUCUGUGCGACCUCCUCGACGAGAGACUCGCGGGGGAGGAGGAGGAGGAGGAGGAGGAGGAAGUAGAAGAACCCGCGGGCGGGGCGGCGGCGACGGCGCGGUUCGACGUCGGCGCCGCGGGCGGGGAGAUCGAGGAGGAGCUGGAGGAGGAGGAGGAGGAGGAGGAGGAGGAAGAGGAGGAGCUGGACGAUGAAGAAAAGGCGGCGGCGGCGGCGACCGCGGGGGGCGCGAGGAAAGGCGCUCGCGGCGGGGGCGCGGGGACGAGGCGCGCCGCCGCCGCGGUCGCGAGCGGGAAGACGAUCGCGACGACGCUGAAGAGAGAGCGAACGACCCCGGAAGAUGAAGAUGAAGGCGUAGGCGAAGGCGAGGAAGCCGAGGGCGAAGAAGAAGCGGAAGAAGAAGCGGAGGCGGAGGCGGAGGCGGAAGCCGCGAAGGACGAAGAAGCCGCCGCGGCCGCGGACCUCGCGUCGAUAUCCCGCCCUCAACCCCCCGCCACGCGCGAGAUCCCCGUCGCGCCCGCGCCGCCGACCCAAAUCGACCUGCGCCUGCCCCCGCGCGAGUACGAAGCCGCGCCGCCGACGGGCGCGGACGCCGCCGCGUCGGCGGCGGCGGCGCCGCCGCCGCGCGCGCAAUCUGAAGCCGCGCGCCUCGCGGACUCCCUGCGCAAAGCGCGCCUCGUCAUCGGCGGCGUGUACGCGUUUAACCCGCGCGAGGCGGCGCUGUGUAAGCUCGUCGGGUGGGACGACGUCAGGGAGUGCGUCAUGCGGAGGAUAACGCGCGCGGGGGUCGUCGUGUCGUGCGUCACGAGCGCCACGCCGCCCGGGACGUUUCGCGGGGAGUUCGUGGUCCCCGCGGAGACCGCGUUGCGGGUGCUCGGGACACGCCGACGCGACGAGGGAGGAGGUGCCGUCGGGGGUGCCGUCGGGGGUGCCGUAGAGGUGAGCGCCGGCGGCGUCGCCGCCGCGUUUCCUUCCGGGGGCGUCGCGCGUAAACGCGCCGCCGCGGAGGCGACGCCCGCGGGCGUCGGCCCGUCGAAGGGGCAGCUCGAACGGCGGAAGAAGGCGGCGACGGCGACGGAGCGCGUCGCCGCCUCCGCGAUCGCCUCCGCGGGGGUCAAGCCGAGAGGCCGCGUCGGAAGACCUCCCGGGCCGACCGCGGCGAAGAGGCGGAAGAAAGCCGAGGCCGACGCGGCGGCGGCGGCGGCGGCGGCGGGCGCCGCGGGCGUCUCCGCCCGACCGCGCGUCGCCGUCACCGCGAAGAGCCUCCGCGACGCCGCCGCCGCGGGCGCGGCGGCCGCGCGCGCGUUCGCCCGCGAGGACCUCCUCGCCGCCGCGGGCGCGGGACCCGCGGGACCCGCGGGAGGAAGAGAGGCGCCCGUGAAGUCCGAGGACUCGGACGUCCUCUCCCGCGGCGCGGAGGUCUACGCCGGAUUCCCGGCGACGCUCGCCGGCGUCGCCGUCGAGCUCGCGUCGUUCCGUCGGGAAGUCCGCGGCGAGAUGGCCGCCGUGUGCGCGUCCGUGGAGCGCCUGACGUACGAGCUUCGUCUCUCGCGGCACGCGGACGACGCGGGAGGAGGAAGAGGAGGAGGAGGCUCGCUCGCGGCCGCGGCUGGGCGUAUUCCGCCCAUCGCGCCCGUCACGCCGACGGACGACGCCGCGGCGGCGCGCGCGAGCCUCCGCGCGGACGAGCGGUUGCUGUCGACGCUGCGCGCGGAGCGACGCGCGGAGCGCGCGACGUUAUCGUCGGAGAUCGCGCGGCUCAGGAGUUUCGUCGCCGAGGCCGCGAGGGGGGUCCCGGCGCCGGCGACGGCGACGACGCCGCCGGCGACGACGACGCCGCCGGCGACGCAAGCCGCCGCCGCCGCAGGCGAGGACGCGGAGGGCCCCGCCGCAAGGCGGGCGCUGCGCGACGCCGCGGGGGGAGGAGUCGCGAGCGUCGCGGACGAAGCCGCGGAGGCGACGGGGACGAUGCGCGACGACGUCACACCCUGA